CCCUCCCUCCUUUCCUCGCAGCCGCCGAGGCAGCAAUUACGCUUUGGGGAUAAAACGAGGCGCAGAGAGCGGGCUGGGGCAUUUCUCCCCGAGAUGGCGGGUCUGACAGCUGCAGCCCUUCGGCCCGGAGUCCUCCUGCUCCUGCUGUGCGUCCUCCACCCCUCGCAGCCCGGAGGGGUCCCAGGGGCUAUUCCUGGUGGAAUUCCUGGAGGCGGCUUCUUCCCAGCACUGGGCCCUGGAGGCAAACCACCCAAGCCAGGUGUUGGAGCGCUCGCAGGCGCUGGCCUAGGGGCAGGGCUCGGGGCCUUUCCUGCAGCCGCAUUCCCAGGAGGUCUGGUGCCCGGCGGCCCCGCUGGCGCUGCUGCAGCCUAUAAAGCCGCUGCCAAGGCUGGUGCUGCUGGGCUUGGCGGCCUCGGUGUCGGUGGCUUGGGAGUGCCUGCAGGUGCAGUGGUGCCUCAGCUCGGAGCAGGAGUUGCAGCUGGAGCGAAGCCUGGGAAGGUGCCAGGUGUGGGGCUCCCAGGUGUAUACCCAGGUGGAGUGCUCCCAGGCGCAGGAGCUCGGUUCCCAGGUAUAGGGGUACUCCCUGGGGUUCCCACUGGAGCAGGAGUCAAGGCCAAGGCCCCAGGAGUUGGACCCUUUGGAGGUCAGCAGCCUGGAGUCCCGCUGGGGUACCCCAUCAAGGCACCCAAGCUGCCAGGUGGCUAUGGACUGCCCUACAGCACUGGGAAACUGCCCUAUGGCUACGGACCUGGAGGGGUGGCAGGUGCUGCAGGCAAGGCUGGGUACCCGACGGGGACAGGGGUUGGCACACAGGCUGCAGCAGCAGCAGCAGCAGCUAAAGCAGCAGCAAAGCUUGGGGCUGCAGGAGCCGGAGUUCUCCCUGGCGUUGGUGUUGGAGUUGGUGGCAUUCCUGGCGUGCCCGGCGCGAUUCCUGGCAUUGGAGGCAUUGCAGGGGUCGGAGCUCCGGAUGCUGCUGCUGCCGCCGCCGCCGCCGCCAAAGCAGCCAAAUAUGGAGCUCCCGGAGGCUUAGUGCCUGGUGGGCCUGGCUUCGUCCCAGGAGUUGGAGUCCCUGGUGUUGGGGUCCCUGGUGUUGGGGUCCCUGGUGUUGGAGUCCCAGGUGUUGGAGUCCCAGGUGUUGGAGUCCCAGGUGUUGGAAUCCCAGGUGUUGGAGUCCCAGGUGUUGGGGUCCCAGGUGUUGGAGUCCCAGGCGUUGGAGUCCCAGGCGUUGGAGUCCCAGGGGCGGUGUCACCAGCUGCAGCUGCUAAAGCAGCAGCCAAAGCAGCCAAAUACGGGGUCAGAGGUGGAGUGGGCGUUGGAGGCAUUCCCACUUUCGGCGUUGGUGCUGGCGGCUUUCCUGGCCUUGGUGUCGGAGUCGGAGGUGUUCCUGGAGCUGCCCUUUCCCCUGAAGCUCAGGCAGCCGCCGCCGCCAAGGCAGCCAAGAUCGGUGCUGCAGGAGCCCUGGGAGGACUGGUGCCCGGUGCUGCAGGAGCAAUACCAGGUGUGCCAGGCGUUGCAGGGGUGCCAGGGGUUGGGAUCCCAGCAGCUGCAGCCGCCAAAGCAGCCGCCAAAGCAGCCCAGUUUGGGUUAGCUCCUGGUGUUGGCGUGGGUCCCGGUGUCGGUGUGGGUCCUGGCCUUGGCCUUGUCCCUGGCGGUGUCAUAGGAGCAGGGGCCCCGGCUGCAGCCAAACCCGCUGCUAAAGCGGCUGCCAAAGCCCAGCUCCGGGCUGCCGCUGGGCUUCCUGCCGGCGUUCCUGGAUUUGGAGUUGGUGCCGGCGUUCCUGGACUUGGAGUUGGUGUUGGCGUUCCUGGACUUGGAGUUGGUGCUGGUGUGCCUGGAUUUGGGGCAGGUGCAGUACCUGGAGCCCUGGCCGCAGCUAAAGCCGCCAAGUACGGAGCACCAGGGGUUGGAGAUCUUGCUGGAGUCGGCGUCCCAGGUGGUGUGGCAGGAGUUGGACCUGAUGCCGCAGCUGCCGCCGCCAAAGCUGCCGCCAAAGCUGCCCAAUUUGGCCUGGGGGUACCUGCUGGGCUCGGAGUUGGUGGGCUCGGAGUCGGAGGACUGGGCAUUGGAGGGCUGGGAGCUGUCCCAGGGGCCUUGGGCCUUGGAGGUGUGUCCCCAGCUGCAGCUGCUAAAGCAGCCAAAUAUGGUGCCGCUGGCCUUGGAGGUGUCCUAGGAGCCACCAGGCCAUUCCCAAUUGGAGGAGUCGCAGCAAGGCCUGGCUUCGGACUGUCUCCUAUUUUUCCAGGUGCCGGAGCCGGCGGCCUGGGAGUUGGCGGUAAACCUCCCAAGCCCUAUGGAGGGGCCCUGGGAGCCCUGGGAUUCCAAGCUGGGGCCUGCCUGGGGAAAUCCUGUGGCCGGAAGAGAAAGUGAGCCUCCCAGGACCCCUGACUCACGACCUCAUCAACGUUGGUGCUACUGCUUGGUGGAGAAUGUAAACCCUUGUGACCCCACCCCCACCCCGUGCUCCCUCCUCAGUUCCCACCCUGGCGGGGAACAGGGC